UCCUCACUAUGCCAACGUCGUCAGGUCACCUGAUCAGACGCCAUCACCGUCAAUAGACCGAGCUUUUUAUAUAGAGAGAGUCGUUAAAGGUAAUGGUGGCCGCGUUCCUCUCACCUUCUCCAUUCAUUCCAUUCUUCAUCCGGAGCUCCGACUCUCGUUCUUGGCAGCUUCUAGGCCUUCUUCCCAUUCCAUUCGAAACCCUUGACACUUCUUGGCGAGCCAAGCGCCAUUACGACCAUGACGAGUUCUGCGCCUCCUCCAUCGAUGGCAGCACAUGCUGGAGAGGCAGACGCCAACAUGCAAAUCCUCCAAGAGCUUGAACGCCUGAGCAGAUCACUCUCCAAAUCCCACACUUCUCGCCGCACCACCUCCCUCGUUCUCCCCCGCUCCUCUUAUACAGCUCCGGCCGCCGAUGAUGGGCCCCGCCUCGUCAACGAAGCGGCUCGGUCCGACCGCCGCAACCACUCCUCUCGCCACCCGUCCCGUUUCCCCUGGCACUUGGGCUGGAAUCCCCAACACGACCUUGACGGAGAUGAUGCUGACGGCGGCCGCCACCGCACGCCCGUGAAGAGGGAGCAUACGUUGGAACCUGACCCCGGUGAGAAGCGGGGGAUAUGGAGCUGGAAGCCGAUGCGUGCCUUGGCUCACAUCGCCAUGCAUCGAUUGGUAUGCCUGUUCUCCGUCGAGGUUAUCGCGAUUCAACAUCUGCCGACCUCGAUGGACGGGCUACGUCUCUCGGUUGCCGUUCGCAAGAAGGAGACCAAGGAUGGCGCUGUGCAAACGAUGCCCUCCCGGGUGCUCGAAGGGUGUGCUGACUUUGAAGAGACACUGUUCGUCCGAUGCCACCUCUACUGCAGAGGUGGCGCGGCCGCAGGGAAGCCGCUCGAGUUCGAGGCCCGACCAUUCCUGAUCUCAACGGUAGCAGUCGACGUUCCUCAGAUUGAUCUCGGAAGGAGUAUCGUUGACUUGAGUUUACUGGUCAAAGAGUCCAUCCAGAAGAACUUGGAGGGACAACGCAUCCGGCAGUGGGAUCUAGCCUUCCCCCUGUCUGGGAAGGCUAAAGGAGGAGAAAUGAUUCUCAAGUUGGCGUUCCAAAUCAUGGAAGACGGAGGUAUCGGGAUCUAUAACCAAGCAGAGAAAAUAAGAUCAAACAAUGAGAAGGAUUCCAAUUUUUCUGUCCCAAGGAAACAAUCAAAGUCUUCCUUCAGUGUUGCACUUAGAGGAGGCCAGUCUACCAUACCUUCAAACACCAGCUCCGUGAGAAAAGUGGAGGAAACUAAAGAUUUCGGUCUUGAUCAUGGGCCUGGUCUCCGUCCUUCAAUCCCUCCAGUUGUGCAAAAGGCUAAGCCAUACCCCAGGGAGGAAGAUCCUAACCUUCCAGACUUUGAAGUUAUUGACAAGGGAAUAGAGAUUCAUGAAGAGAAAGUGGAGUUGGAAGAAGUGAUACCAGAGGACGCCACAGAGGUGUCAUCAGUUUCAAGCGAGGUCGUAAAAGAGGUGGUGCACGACCGUGCUCAAUGGAGUAGGCUAAAAGAGCUUCAUGUAAUCGCGAAAGAGAUCAAGGCUCUUGAACUGAUAAUGAUAGACGGUGGUGCCGAUCUAGUAAAGACAACUCAAGAAGACAAGUUCCAGAGAUUGGACACCGAGGAGGAAAUAGUGACAAGAGAGUUCGUCCGGAUGCUCGAGUUUGAAGAUGGUAAAGAGCCGAAGUACGAUGGCCUAGAUCUUGUCACUUCAUCAGAUCAUGGAGCAAAAGAGGUUGUCAAGGACGAGGAGGAAAAGAUUCUCGUUCCAGAUCUUGGAAAAAGCUUGGGUUCAGUGGUUCAGACGAGGGACGGAGGCUACUUAGUUUCCAUGAAUCCUUUCAAUGUACAAGUGACAAGAAAAGAGACCCCAAAACUGGCCAUGCAGAUUUCUAGAGAGGUGAUCGUGGAGGAUGAGAAGCAAGCAAGUGAGCUUCAAUUGUUCCAGAGGCUGGCCGCAAUGGGAUCAGAAGAAAUGGUUUCCAGAUUACUCUCGCAAACGGCGAUGGACGAACUGCUCGGCAAAACAGCAGAACAGAUCGCGUUCGAGGGCGUCGCGUCCGCCAUAAUAAGUGGCAGGAAUAAGGAAGGAGCAAGCUCCAGUGCAGCCAGGUCAAUCACGAUAGUUAGGAAGAUGGCAGCAGCAACGAACAAAGGCAGGAAGGAGAGGACCUUGACAGGAACCUGGAGCGUGAACGAUGAACCAGUCACCGCGGACGAAAUCUUGGCCUUGUCGUUGCAGAGGAUGGAGGCUAUGGCAGUCGAAGCACUCAAAGUCCAGGCAGACAUGGCUGACGAAGAAGCAGAAGUUGCUCCCUCGGAGGAAGUCUCCCCUGUUAUCGGAAAUGACGACGCCGGCAACCCGCUGGACUCGGCCAUUUCUCUCGAGGAUUGGUUGAUAACUUGCAGCACGAGCCGUCAUAUGACAAUGUUGGUGGUGAUUCAGCUGAGAGACCCAUUAAGGAGGAAUGAAGCGGUGGGGGCUCCCAUGAUAGCUGUGGUGCAAGCAGCAGCAUCGGAUGACGACCAACCAGACGAAGAAAGGAGAUUCAAAUUGGUUAGUCUUCACGUUGGAGGUGUCAAGUUGAGCUCCAACAGGAAGAGGAGUACGUGGGACGGGGAGAAACAAAGACUAACGGCGAUGCAGUGGCUUGUGGAGAAUGGGCUGGGGAAAGCAGGGAGAAGAGCGAAGCAGAUGCAAGCAAAGAGGGGCCAUGAUCUGAUCUGGAGCAUUACUUCGAGGCUCACGAAGGGUGCGUGGCUCAAACCUGUUCGAAACCCAAAUGUCAUAUUCCUUAGCGAUAGUAUAUAGUUCGAUGUUGUGAUUUCAUUUGAUAUAUGCGUGCUCUCUUCUAGCUUUAUGUAAUACGAUUCAGGGGUUAUAUAUCAUCAGUGUGUAAGUUGGUGAUUAAUAUAUAUACAUAACAAACAGCACU